AUGCUCCUUUUAAGCACUCAAGUAAUCGGCUCCAUCUCUCUGCUGGUCCUUGCCGGCGCGGGCUUCGGCUUGGCUGCCUCAGGGCGCCUGCUUGGCGGCUCCGAUGCAGAUGUGGGUGCCUAUCCCUACACCGUGUCUCUACAGCUGGCAGCCAGUGGAACCCAUCGCUGUGGUGGAGUUAUCAUUAAUAAUCGCUUCGUGCUAACCGCUGCACAUUGCGUGACAGUUGGUAGCGGGAUUGAACCCUACCCGGCACAACGAUUUCAAGUACGGGCAGGCAGCAUUCAGCGACUGGUCGGUGGUCAGGUGGUGUUUGUAAAACGUAUCAUUGUUCACGGCGAGUACAGAAACGGACUGAACAAUCUGGCACUUCUAGAGCUACAGACGCCUCUGACAUUCAAUGCCAAUACCCAGGCAAUAGCGCUGGCCGAUCAGGCGCCUGCAGAUGGUAGUGUAAUAGUUGUCACUGGAUGGGGCGCUACCUAUACGCAGGGGUCAACGCAGCAGCGUCUGAAGGGGAGCACUCUGCAGACCAUCAGUGGUGCCGAAUGUGAAAAGUAUCUGUAUCUGCUGCACGAUGGGCUGCUCUGUGCGGUUCAGCACGCGGAAAACGGAGAGGAGCAGGGUCUAUGUGCAGGCGAUGCAGGCAGUCCCGCCGUUCUUGACAACAAGCUUGUUGGCAUCGGCAGCUUCUAUGUAGGUGCUUGCGGUACUAGCAUGCCCGACGGAUUUGUCAAUAUCUUCAACUAUCGCGAUUGGAUUACUGCGAACUCCGCCUAGAAGGCGAGCUUACAAACCCAAUACUUCCUUAAUAUACUUUGUUUUUUUUUUUUGUUUUGCUUAAAAUGUUGUUGCCCUAUAUUGAGUAUUUUGUUUUUUAAAAAAAUCCCAUUUUGGACAAUAGUGUACAGAAUUACAACGUCAGUUUCGGGGCUUCAUCAUUUAAAUAUACAUGUAUAUGAGUCAUA